AUGAGUGCAAAAUAUCGUGAGAAGAGAUAGAAAUGACCAUAUUCAAAAGAUUUGUCGUUUUUUGGGGGAGAAAAACUAGUCAGAAAUAUAGUAUUUGAAAAUUCUAUUCAUUCCCUAGCGAGGCUCAAAACCUCAUUCUAUACCUUCUCAGUACUGAUUAGGGAAUCUAUAGAAUCGCUCAUUCUGUACUUUCUCCACAACAUAUAUAUUUUUGUUUAUAUUCUUUCAGUUCAUAAUGUUGAUUGUGAUAGUCUUUCUCAAGAGUCAUCAACUUUGUUAAAUGACGAAAAUUUUGAUUAUCUGAAAAAAGCCAUUGAACAUUUUCCAAUCAGUUCAAAUAAAACAAAAUUAGCUGAUCAAUUUUCAACUCUUGCAUUAAAAUCAUCAUUAACAUCUCUUUUAUACAAAUUAGAUGAUCUCUAUAAUGAUAAUGAAGACGUAAAUGCUAAUAACGAUGAUGAUAAUAAAUUAUUGAAACUUCAACUUCAUUCAAAUUCUCGUGAUAGUGAUGAAUUAAAACAAUGUCGAUUAACAAUUAAAAAAUUAGAAAAAGAAUUAAAAUUCAAUCAGAAACAGAAUGAAUCAAUGAUUUCAUUUGAACAAUUUGAAGUCAUUUGUAAAGAAUUAGAAUUUGCUCUCUUUCGUGAGAAACAAGCACAAUCUAUAUUGAAUGAACAAAAUGAACAAUUACAACAAAUAACAGAUAUUCUAAAUAAUACACAAACAGCUCGAGAUCAGUCAAAUAGAGAAUUGACUAAUCAAGAGCAAAUAGUUUCUAAUUUAAACGAACGUGUUUGUGAUUUAUAUGAAACAAAUUUACAAAUGGUUGAUAAUUUACAACGAGCAGAAAAUACUAUAAGACUAGUUUUCAAAGAUAAAGAGCAACUGCAAUCUUAUUGUCAGUAUGUAUCAUCGGUUUUAACACAAGCUACAACAGAUAUGAUUCAAAAUAAAAAAUCUGGAUAUCUUUCAAAUUAUCUUCAAUCUAUUCUUAAAAAAAAAAUCGUACGCACAGAAAAUAAAAUAUCAUUAGAAAUUGAUUCGUUUGAAAUGAUGAUUAAUUUAUUUAUCUCGUUAUUUCGUCAAUUAAUCGAAAAACUUGUUAUGUAUGAAGAUGAAAUAUUGGCAUUGAAAAGACAUGCACAAAUUCUAACAGAUAAUGUUAAAUCACCUCCACAAUUAUUCAGAGAAAAUACAUUCAUUCAUAAUGAGAUAAAUUCACAGGAGGUAUCUUCAUCAGAUAUCGUACCAACAAAAGACAUAGCAUCGAAACAUUCAUCCUCAUUCGUUCAAGAUCCAAAACAAGAUUCAACAGAAUUAACCAAGAAUCGUACCCUUUUAUCCACCGUUCGUUUGGGUUCAACUGAAUAUUCAGCAUUCAAACCGAUCAGACCGGCUAGUUCAACGUCAUCAAUAAGUACAAAUAGUUAA